GUAAGAAACUCCCGAUGCCACCCAAAUUAAUUUUUAUUUUUCUCUCCUUGCUCUCUCCGGUCUCCAGCACAGAGAAAGCACGGAAAACGCCGAAACAAAAACCUACCAGCACUCGGCAGUUGAAACUUCAGAGACAGCAAGAGUUACGAAAACCUAACAGUCCGCGCGUUGAAGAGCUUUGAUUGCGCCCUACCUUCCAUUUUCUGCUUCUAUAUUUUCUUCUUCUUCUUUUUGAUUGUUGAUUUCGCAGAGCGGAUCGGGUUUGAUUUCUGCGCUGGAUAUCGUUUGUUUGAGGAGUUUGGUUGUGUUGUUAGUGUGGAUUGUUUGGAUUCUGAAUCAAUCCGGAUUGUCAUUUAAGAAAAGUGAUGUUGGUGAUUGAUCGAAUCGUGGAGAUGAAAUGGUGCGCCAAUUUGCAAGGUUUUUCAGAGUUUUUGUUUGCAUCCUGUGAAUGGGAAAAAAAAGAGGAAAUGCUUGGGUUAAGCGUUUGAUUUGAUUCAUCGAGUUAAUUUGAUUGUGAGGGAAUUCCGUUGUGAUUCUUAUGGCGUGAACAAUAAUUGAGUUGAGGAGAUGAGUACGGGGAGGCAGACAGUGCGGGACCUCGUCGAGGAAGCCAAGAAGAGGGUUGUACUGCUGCUCAUAUGCGUCGUGGGACUGUCGUAUCUAAUGUCGUUGACAAGCUCUUCUGUUUGGCUAAAUUUGCCUGCUGCUGCCUCCUUGAUUGUCCUUCUCCGUUACAUAUCGCUAGAUCUUGAGACAAGAAGAAGAACUGCAACAUACAACAGCAAAACACCCUUGGCAGACCAAAUUUCUCAAAAGAAAUCUCUUCAAGGUUACAAGGUUGUUCAUGAGACAUCUAAUUGGAGAAGGAAGGUGAGCUCCCCUGUUGUUGAGGCUGCAAUAGAUCAAUUCACCAGACAUCUAGUUUCUGAGUGGGUGACCGAUCUCUGGUACUCCCGCUUGACACCUGAUAGGGAUGGCCCAGAGGAGCUGGUGCAGAUCAUGAAUGAUGUCCUUGGAGAAGUUGCAUGUCGUGUGAGAGAAAUAAAUCUUAUUGAUCUUCUGACCAGGGAUGUUGUCAAUCUUAUUUCCACUCAUUUAGAACAUUUUCGUGUAUGUCAAGUCAAGAUAGUUGCACAACAAGGGGAAAAGCUAACUAUUGAUCACAGGGAUGAGGAACUAAAGCUAGUUCUGGCUGCUGAGAACAAAUUGCAUCCUGCUUUAUUUUCUGCUGAUGCUGAGCACAGGGUUUUGCAGCAUUUGAUGGAUGGACUUAUCUCUUUUACUUUCAAACCUGAAGAUCUGCACUGCUCCUUCUUCCGUUAUAUUGUCAGGGAGCUUCUUGCUUGUGCAGUGAUGCGGCCAGUCUUGAAUUUAGCUACACCUAGGUUUAUUAAUGAAAGGAUUGAAUGUUUUAUUCUUUCUCGUACCAAUAAGGAUAAUAAAGGAGUUUCAGCAUCAGCACAAGAGGCAUCUGAAUCUAAGGCAAAGGGAUCUUCAAGGACCCGAUCUGAUCAUUUUUCUGGGUUCCUUGAUCAGUCUGUCACAGGUGUUGAACUUGUGCAAUUAAAACAUGAUCAUUCUGGGGUGACCUCAGGUGAACCUGUGAAAGAAAAUGUUAAUGAAGAAUCUGUGUCAAAGGAUCCUUUGCUUUCCCUUGAUGCUCGAUCUUCCCGUUCCUGGACUUCUUUACCUUCAAGUUCCCAAAGAAAAGACAUGAAGGACACCCAAUGGCAUCGAUCAGGAGAAUGGGGUGAUAUGUUGGAUAUAAUUUCCCGCAGAAAGACUCAAGCUCUUGCUCCAGAGCAUUUUGAAAAUAUGUGGACAAAAGGGAGAAACUACAAAAGAAAGGAAACUGCAGGUCAGUCUGUUAUACAAGUUUCAGAAAAUCCAUCAUCAAGGAAUUUUAAUUCUUUGGAUCACUCAAAUGUGUCAUCAAAGCACAAGGAUGGGAUAGGGAAGCCUGGCUUUUCUGAGAGGACAACCAUUUCCCCAGGACGUGAUGGUGAAUCCAUGAAAGGAAACUUGCAUGCCCAUAGUGUUGCAAACAGCUUACUUCCCACUCCAGCUUCAUCACAUCAAAAAAAGGAUGACCAUGAUUCCAUGCAUUUGGAGGAGAUUGAAUCAGGAAGUGGCAGUUCUUACCAAACUGAUGAUGAUGAUGAAAGCAGCAACGUGACAGGCCUUGAUUCACCUGUGACUAAGGUUUGGGAUAGUAAAAAUAACAGAAAUGCUUCAGCUUCUUAUAUACACCAUCCUCUUGAGAGUUCUGAAGGGCAUAUAGGGAGAAAGACUGGUAAAGGGCAUGUCCGCUACCAGAGAAUAUCUAGAACUCAUUCAGGCAGGAAAAGGUCUCGGUUAAGCAGUAAGAAGGUGAACAUGUGGCAAGAGGUUGAAAGAACCACCUUCUUGUUGGGAGAUGGGCAGGAUAUACUAAAUGCUUCAAAGGGAGAUGUGAAAGAUGAGGAAUCUAGUGAUGAUCUCGAUAUAGAAAGCUGGGGUAGAAUACAUAGUGGAGCAGCUGCUUCUUCAUCUGCACCAUCUAUAUCUGAAGCUUGCAAUUCAUCUAUUAACCCCCCAAAGAGUUCUUCUGUGUUGGCAGAUUCAUUUUUAAAGUUGAGAUGUGAGGUACUGGGUGCAAAUAUUGUGAAGAGUGGUUCUGGAACAUUUGCUGUGUACUCCAUAUCUGUUACAGAUGCAAAUAAUAAUAGUUGGUCAAUUAAAAGAAGGUUCCGCCAUUUUGAGGAGCUAAAUCGGCGUCUUAAAGAAUUUCCUCAGUAUAAUCUUAGCUUGCCACCCAAACAUUUUCUGUCAUCAGGAUUAGAAGUUCCUGUUGUUCAAGAACGGUGCAAAUUGCUUGACAAAUAUUUAAAGAAGCUACUAGAGCUGCCAACCAUAUCGGGUUCAAUAGAAGUUUGGGAUUUCCUUAGUGUUGAUUCACAGACAUAUGCAUUCUCAAAUUCCCUUUCAAUCAUUCAAACACUGUCAGUUGAUCUUGAUGAUAAGCCAUAUGAAAAGUGUGCAAAGGUUCAGAAUACUGUUGAUUCUCUUCAUGAUCCCAUUUCCUCUAUAGAACAGAAGCUAAGCACUCAAAGAAAGGGAACUGCAAUGCAGAUGAAGCAGAACCUUUUAGAAGAUAAUUCAAGAUUGAAAAUGAGAGGAAGUUCUGGUAAAGAAUAUGAAAAUACAUUGGUGGAUUCAGGAAGUGAUUCAGAUGGUACAGCACAGAAGAAUUCUCCUUCCAUCAGAACAUCUGGGAAGGUUGCAAAAGAAAGAGGAAAUGAUGGUCCACAAGCGACAUCUGAGUCAUUUCUUGAUGUCGCUAUGGACCCAACUAUUCCCACUGAGUGGGUGCCACCAAAUCUGAGUGUUCCAAUACUAGAUUUAGUUGAUGUUAUUUUUCAGCUGCAUGAUGGUGGGUGGAUCAGGCGGCAGGCGUUUUGGGUAGCUAAACAGGUGUUGCAAUUGGGAAUGGGUGAUGCUUUUGAUGACUGGCUGAUUGAGAAAAUCCAGCUUCUGCGGAAGGGAUCUAUAAUUGCUUCAGUAAUCAAUCGGCUUGAACAGAUUCUUUGGCCUGAUGGAAUUUUCAUAACCAAACAUCCAAAGCGACAAAGGCCACAACAAUCUGUAGUACAAUCUCAGGAUUCACAUCAUGCUGGUCAGCCUACGCAUAUAUCUUCACCUAAGAAAGAGAAUACUCAGCAAUUACAUGGGAAGGAGAAUAGCUUGCAGGAAGAUGAACAAGAGCAACAAGCUGCUCGACGUCAAAAAUUUGUUUAUGAACUAAUGAUUGAUAAUGCACCAGCUGCUCUCGUAGGUCUUUUUGGUCGUAAGGAAUAUGAACGUUGUGCAAAGGAUCUCUAUUUUUUUCUUCAGUCAUCUGUGUGUUUGAAGCAACUAGCAUUGGACCUUAUUGAGUUGUUGCUCUUAUCAGCAUUUCCAGAGCUUGAUUCUGUUGUUAAAGAGUUGCAUGAAGAGAAGCAAAAGUUCGGACAACUCCAAGCACAAUAAAUGGUGUUUGUAUAUACUAAAUAUGUCAAUUCUACUUCAUGAGUUUCUUCAUUGCACCACGUUGGCUCGGUUGGAAUAGAGAAAUCUUAAAGCAGUCUCAACUAGGGACCUUGGGUGGAAUAUAGUACUCUUCAUUUCUUUCAUCAUCUUUCCAAUUACAUGGUUUCUUGUUUGUUUGUUGUCAUCACAAGCUUGCUGUAAUUAAUUAUUAUUCGUUCUCCUUGGUUUCAACUACUAACCAGGUGAGGCUCUGGAUCCAAAUUUUGUAAUUCCCAUUUUUGGGGUACCAAGGAAAUAUAUAGAAAUCAUGAGCUUGAUACAAGUUUUGUCUGAAAA